ACAGCCUCUCGUUUCCCACAAUGCUCAGCGAGCAUCACCACCAAGAUGGCCGACGCUAUGGAGGAAUAUGAGAAAGAAGCUGGCUGCGUCCCUAUUCUGCAUCCCGAGGAAAUCAAACCCCAGAGUCAUUACAACCAUGGCUACAGUGAGAAUGUCAGCCGUAAAAACCAUGUGGAUGACUACAGCACAUGGGACAUUGUCAAAGCCACACAGUACGGUAUCUUCGAGCGCUGCAGGGAGCUGGUGGAGGCGGGCUUCGAUGUUCGGCAGCCAGACAAAGAAAACGUAACGCUCCUCCACUGGGCUGCCAUCAACAACAGGAUAGACUUGGUCAAGUACUACAUAUCAAAGGGAGCCAUAGUUGACCAGCUGGGAGGAGACCUCAACUCCACACCUCUGCACUGGGCCACCAGACAAGGUCACCUAUCCAUGGUAGUACAGCUCAUGAAAUACGGCGCAGACCCAUCUUUGAUCGAUGGCGAGGGCUGCAGCUGCGUUCAUCUGGCCGCCCAGUUCGGCCACACCUCCAUAGUGGCCUACCUUAUCGCCAAAGGACAGGACGUGGACAUGAUGGAUCAGAAUGGCAUGACUCCUCUAAUGUGGGCGGCAUACAGGACACACAGUGUGGACCCAACACGGCUGCUACUGACCUUCAACGUUUCUGUCAACCUGGGCGACAAGUACCACAAGAACACAGCGCUGCACUGGGCCGUGCUGGCCGGCAACACCACUGUCAUCAGCCUGCUGCUGGACGCCAACGCUAACGUCGAUGCACAAAACAUCAAGGGUGAAACUCCUUUAGAUCUUGCCAAGCAAAGGAAGAACGUUUGGAUGAUCAAUCACCUACAGGAAGCGCGACAGGCCAAAGGUUACGACAGCCCUUCAUACCUGAAGAGACUGAAGAUGGACAAGGAGUUCAGACAGAAGGUGAUGCUGGGAACACCCUUCGUGGUCAUCUGGCUGGUCGGUUUCAUCGCUGACCUGGACAUUGACUCCUGGCUGAUUAAAGGCCUCAUGUACGCUGGCGUCUGGGUUGCUGUGCAGUUCCUCUCCAAGGCUUUCUUCGACCACUCCAUGCACAGUGCUCUCCCUCUGGGAAUCUACCUGGCCACCAAGUUCUGGAUGUACACUACCUGGUUCUACUGGUUCUGGAAUGAUCUCCCCUUUGCCACUGUCCAUGUGCCCUUCCUGAUAAACACCAUGGCUCUGUUCUACAACUUUGGCAAAUCCUGGAAGUCUGACCCAGGAAUCAUCAAAGCAUCAGAGGAACAGAAGAAAAAGACUAUUGUGGAGCUGGCAGAGACAGGCAGCCUGGAUCUGAGCAUAUUCUGCAGUACCUGCUUGAUACGGAAGCCCAUCAGGUCCAAACACUGCGCCGUGUGCAACCGCUGCAUCGCCAAGUUCGACCACCACUGUCCCUGGGUGGGGAACUGUGUCGGAAGUGGGAAUCACCGCUACUUCAUGGGUUAUCUGUUCUUCUUGCUCUGCAUGAUCUGCUGGAUGAUAUACGGCUGCAUUUCCUACUGGAGGAUCCACUGUGCCACCAGUUACGCCAAGGAUGGUUUCUGGCUCUAUCUGACCCAGAUCGCCUCCUGCUCUCCCUGGAUGUUCUGGAUGUUCCUCAACAGCAUUUUCCACUUCAUGUGGGUGGCAGUGCUCAUCAUGUGUCAGCUCUACCAGAUCGCGGCUUUGGGAAUCACCACCAACGAGAGGAUGAACGCUCGCAGAUACAAGCACUUUAAAGUCACAGCCACAUCCAUCGAAAGCCCCUUCAACCAUGGCUGCUUCAGAAACCUCAUAGAUUUCUUCGAGAUCCGCUGCUGCGGUCUGCUGCGGCCCGUGACGGUGGACUGGACCACGCAGUAUACAAUAGAAUACGACCAGACGUCUGGCUCAGGCUACCAGCUGGUGUAGGAAGAGGAAGGAGAGAACGAAUAAGAAGAAGAGGAGGGGGGAGCGGAGGGGAGUCGAGCGUCACCAAGUGGAAGGAAGUUUUGGAAGGAUUGCCCUCCCCUCCCCCCUGCCCCUCUGCGUUCAUAUCGGAGCGAUGCUGUUCCCGGGAGCGCUUUAUUUUAUUUUAUUUUAUUUUUUUUGGGGACCAUCUUUCCCUCACCGAUCAAAAGACUCAAAAAUCAGCCAGGACAAGCAUGCUGUUCCAGAGGGAAACACCACACCAACACGGCGCCCUGCCCAUCCCCCACCCCACUCCACCCACCUUUACUACUAUUACUACUACUAAUACUACUAUUCUACAACAUCAUUACUGUACCACCACCCUCCACCUCGUCUCUUCUCCCGAGCCCUUUGGACGGUGCGUUGCUGCCAGGCACAAACGGAGAGGAGAGGGGCUGACGGACGAGAGGAAUUACAAAAUAAAAGCUUUUCUGUUUGUACCGGAGACAUGGCACUGCAGAGACAGCAGCGCCGUAAAGUGGCAGUAUCGCUCUCUUCCCCUUCCCUCUUUAUGUCCGUAUUUAUGGUGUCCCUGUUGAUGUGCCCUGUUUGUUGUUUUUUUUUUUUUUUAAAUUAUUAUUUCUGGUUGGUUCAGGAACUAUGCUGUUCCUGUGAUAAUUAACUGUGGUGGCCAGGAAAGCUGAAGGAAAGUUAUUUGCUUGUUUUUUUAAAACCAUAAAUUUAUCAUCGAGAUAAGGGAAUGUCUUUUUAAGUUCUUGAUUUUGCACCGUGAUGAAUUUGGAGUCGAGCUGAUGAGGAUUUGCCAACAUAGUUGAACUUAUCAGAGGAAAGUGUUGGAGCCGCUGGAGGAGUCCAACUUGUCGCCUGCUGAAAUAAAGCUGCAUCCACUUCAGUUUUUGGACUGUUUUGUUCGUUGUUUGUUUGGCAAAGUAAACCAACCAGAAAACGGUUUUCGUGCAGUAUUAACGCAGCAUCAAGUGCAUGAAUCGGGACUCCUCCAGCCCUCCACCACUGUAGACGUGACAGAAAAUAUCCUACAGACAAUGUGAUACAGGUAUAUUUAUUUUAAAACUAUUUAUAGAUAAAGUAUGUUCUAGCGCCAUCAUUUUUACAUCCGACAUCAUUUUUAGCUGAAUAAGUUUUUAUGCGAAGAAGUUCUUACACAAGCACCUGUAGCUGUUGGACAUGGAAACCUGGGGAACUGUACCAUAGGACUCUAUAUAGAAGACAGGUAUUUAUUAACAGCAGCGUUAAGAAAAAGGUCACAGCAGCAGGACGGACAAGUUUACAAGAAAGGUUCAUUCCGUGUGUGCGUGUGUGGUUUUUUUUUUGGGUUUUUUUUUUCCUCAACAAGCUGUAAAGUCUUAUUUUUGUCUGUUGUCUGCCUACAACAUUGCACUGAUCCUAUUUUUUUUGUUUGUUUGUUUGUUUUGUUGUUAGUGAGUUUUCAUUUUUGGCCAUUACUGAACACAAGGGCCCAGCAGCGCCGCUUCACACUGACACUUCCAUUGUUUACAGAGAGGAGGAGGAGGGGGGGGCCAAUCAGACAUGGCCAACUCCCAUCACUUCCUGUCUGGACCUCCCUCCCCACCCGGACAGUCGGCCCUGCAGCGGCAGCAGCAGCAGGAUGGACUGGAGUGUAAAGAAUGUGCAUCUGUACAUAAACAAUAUCUUUCUCCAUAUUUUUUCUUUGCGUCAGUGUUAGUCGAAGGUGCUCCUGGAAACUUUUUUUUUUUUUGGAGUUUGGAGGAUUUCUUCCAAACAAUUAAACAGAAAGAAAUCAAGUGACUAUACUCCAAGUGUAUGACUGUAGCUUUUUGUGAUGUCCGACACUGCUGUCUAUAGGCAUUUUAACCCCUACAUAACCCCCCCCCCCACCAAAAAAGAAAAAAAAAAAGACCCCUUCCAAUGCAUGUAUGAUGCUCGGGACGGCUGGGCACUCGCCGUCCCCUGUCAACCUGACAACGCCCCCCCCCCUCCUUGUCAUCGCCAUGGUGACAGCUCGGCAAGCCACGUGUCUGUAUAUAGUGAAUGUUAAGUAUCUGCAAGUACUUUUCUAAAUUACGUUCAUUUGUCUGUUUUUGUUUUUUUUUUUUUCCUCUCAAAUCCAAGUGUGUGUUAAGUGGAAGUUUUCUUUCAGGUUGCCAGAUUUCCAGUCUGGCCUUCCUGUACAAGUGUGUAAUAUAUUUGAAUGUUCCAUGCUUGUGAACUCUGUAGUCAUCCUAAAGUGUUUUUUUUUUUUUUUGAUUGUUUGUUUGUUUUUUUUUUAAUUUCCGUGUCAUAUGCCGCUGGGUUUGUUAUACCACUGGAUGUACAAAUUGUAAAUCAAAGACACUAGAGAAAUAAGGCAGACGCCAGUUUUCUUUUUUGUUUUGUUUUCUAAAAGCUGAAAUGUGAUCCUGCAAUAGUUUUAAGGAUAGAGGGAGGUUAUAUGACAUUAAGGCCUCUGAAACUUUUGGGCCUCAUGUUUGCAUCAUCAGAAGGGGACGAUCACGUCACCAUCCCACAUGUCACUCUCCCCCAUCUCGCUAAACAACCACUGAUGUCACACCUGCCCUGCAAAGACGGCACACAGCAGCUACUUUUUGCGUGCUUUAAAAGUCAAAGGUCGUGACUUGGCUGUAGGUUUCAUAUCAGUACCAGUAGCUAACCACUUGUGUUCUAGUUAUGCCUUUUUAAGUGACUGGAGGUCAAUGUGGGCGAGUGUUCUUUCAUUUGUUUUAGGGCAGAGGUCAGCUCAUCCAGGACAUGAAUUCAAAGCCAUUUCAGUCCUCACUAGUUCUUCCAGCAGCCUAACAAGUCUCUGUUGUGUCUCACCUCACCAUAUGGGAUAAUAAAAUAAUAAAAAAAAAAAAAAAAAAAAAUUAAAAAAAGAUAAAGCACAUAAUCAUCUCCAGUGCCUCUCUGCCCACCUUCAGACAUCACUGUAACUCCGCUUCAGAUGUAAACAUAUGGGCAUGGUUCAGUUUUAAUGGCUUUAAUAAUAAAAUACAGUCAAAUGUGAA